CAAAAUUGUGAGCUCUCCAAAGCUCCAAUUGUGAGCUCUCCAAGUUCAGAAUUUUUUGCUUUUUUGAGGGUAAUAUAUGCGCUUGAAUUUGGUGCUCAACUAGCAGCCCUUUUUCCACAUUUCUUAAGGAGCAAUGAAGGUUGUUGCUCGGUUUUCUGUAUCCCUACCCCCUAGCUCAGCUCCGACGACGACGCUUCCUCUAACUUUUUUCGACAUCCCAUGGCUUUUCUUUUCUCCCAGCCUCCCUCUCUUCUUUUAUGAAUAUCCUCAUCCCACUUCUCACUUUUUAUCCACUUCUCUUCCCAAGCUUAAACAUUCUUUAUCCAUUGCUCUUCAACAUUUCUUCCCUUUUGCAGGACAUCUUGUGCUUCUGCCCGAUUCAGGCAAACCAGUAAUCCUUUACAAUGAAGGCAACUCCGUUUCACUCACUGUCGCAGAAUCUGAUUCUGAUUUUUUUAACCUUUCCGGUAACUAUCAGCGCAAUGCUUAUGACUUUCAUGCCUUGGUACCCAAUUUGCCAGGCAAGGAAAAACAGGGGAUGGGGAUUCCUUUGCUUGCUGCACAAGUGACUAUAUUCCCAAAUUCUGGUUUAUGCAUUGGACUUGCAUUUCACCAUGUGGUUGCGGAUGGAAGGACAUUCAACAAUUUCAUCAAGACAUGGGCGGCAUUGUACCGGGACAAUUCUUCCUCAACAAAUUUGCUGCCUUUUUACAACAGGACAGUCAUUGAAGACACCUAUGGACUCGAAUCCAUCUACUUCAACCAGUGGUUCAACAGGAAAUCUUCUUUGGAAGGUCUGGUAAUAGGUUGCAACAAUGAAGCUAACGCAGAUAUGUCUGAUAUGGUUCGAGCCACAUUCGUUAUGAGUACGAAUGACAUGGAGAAGAUUAAGCAAUGGAUUAUUUUUCAAUGCAAGCAGAGGAACAUGCCGCAGCCUGCACAUUUGUCACCUUCUAAUCUAACUUGUGCCUUUGUUUGGGUGUGUUUGAUAAAAGCUCGAGAGGAAGUGAAGGAGGAGAAAUGUUAUACUGGGGAUCCGAAUUACCUCGGGUUCAAUUCGGGUGGCAUUGCACGUCUGGACUAUCCGUCUACCUACUUUGGAAACUGUAUUGGGUUCGCCCGCUGCUUGGCAACUAGAGAGGAGCUGUUGGGAGAAGAUGGAAUUAUAAUUGCAGCACAUGUGAUUGGAAACAAGGUUAGGGAGCUGAAUCAAGAAAUGCUUGGAGAAUCUGAAAAGUGGAUAUCAGAUUGGGAGGUGUUUCUUGGAUCGGAGCCCCACAUUAUGGUUGUUGGGUCACCAAAGCUUGACUUUUAUCAGACAGAUUUUGGGUGGGGGAGGCCCAGGAAAAUAGAGGAAAUUUCUAUUGAUGAUGGGAAUGCCAUUUCCUUUAUGGAGAGCAGAGACUUGACAGGAGGCAUUGAGGUUGGAUUGGCUAUGUCUAAGGCUAAAAUGGAUGCAUUUGAGUCUGCCUUCACUCACGGUCUAAGUCGGUUUAAUGACUAGCACUGUUUUCAUUUCUAGUUUUAACUGUGUUUGUUUUUUCCCCUUUUCCUUAAAAUGGAGGAAGUUUCCUUCCACCUUUUUUCUUUCUUUUUUUUUUUUUUUUUAAAUUUAACAUGUUAGAAUUGGUACUA